UUUUUAAUACUAAUGCUUCAUAGCUUACUUGAUUUGAUCAAACGGCCUCUAUAUAAAUGGAGUGUCUGGCACAAUAUGACCACUUGCCACAAUAGAGUUUGGUAUUUUAUAAGUAGUAACUGUGCAUUUCGGUAAAAAUGGCUUCCUGUAAAUACCCACAGCUUUGGGGAUACUGAAGGUAAUUUGACUAGUCCUGCAAAGUGCCAGACCUCAAGAAAACACUAUAUAUCGGUACUUGGUGACGGAUUGAAAUUAGUGUCUCAGUACACUUGUCUAACCACACAGACUCUUAUAUCAGUAGAUACAUCGGUACCUUGAUAUUAGUUUCUCUAUACAUGCGCAACGACGCUAAUCGGUUCAGGCGAAAAAUGAUGAAAGCCGUGGGUUUUAUUUUGCUAUUUGCCCUAAUCUCCAUAUCAUCACAAGCAAGAUCAAUCAUCCAAAACCCCCAACCUAACCCUAUCUUCAAGCCCAAGACCAACUCUACGAAUCAUCAGAAUGCAAGAACCUGUUCAUUCACUGUAGAGAUCACGACGAGUUGUUCUUCCGUUCGAUACACUCGAGAUCAAAUCAGUAUCUCCUUCGGCGAUGCUUACGGCAAUCAGGUUUACGCACCGAGAAUAGACGAUCCGUCGAUCGGGACAUUCGAGCGGUGCUCCGGCGAUACGUUUGAGAUAUACGGUCCAUGUACGUAUCAGAUCUGCUAUUUGUACUUGUACAGAAGCGGAUACGAUGGUUGGAAGCCUGAGAGAGUAGACGUAUACGGGUAUAAUACGAGAGCCGUUUCUUUCUAUUAUAACGUUUGGAUUCCGGCGGAUAUUUGGUACGGAUUUGAUUACUGUUCAAGCUACGCGAUGCGUUAGUGGCAACGCAUCGCGUAUUUUUCUAAACAUCUUCUUAAAUAUCGUUUUAAGAAGAUUUUUAGAAAGAUUAGACGAAUAUAAUGUCACGAGUGAAAUAAAACUGUUAGGGAUGGUCACAAAAUAAUUUGUAAUGUCGUUGUGUACUUGUUAUGGUUUUUUGAUCUGGUUGCGGUGUUUUAUUAUGUUAAAUGUUGUUCUUGAUGUUUGCGUUGUUCGAAUAUGGUUAGCGGUAAUGUAUGGUUCGAUUUCGUUUGACAUUG